AUGGAUCCACCAAACUUUCGACCAGGCUUGAUGGACAGACUUCUUGUUGGUCUGUUCCAUUUUAUCAAUCUGUUUAUUCCAUGGCAUAGACUUCCCGGCGUCAUCGGUGCACUGAACCUCGAUGCUCUGCGUGUUGAAUUACGUCAAUACAAUCUUCAUGACGGAUACGCAUCUGCUACCGCCCAAGGAAACACCGAUGAUACUCCUUUGGAUGACAAACGCUUCCUUGCUGCAAGGGNNAAUUCCGAAGGCAAGGACAAUUCUCUCACCAUGCCGAAGAUGGGUUGUUCUGGAAUGCGCUUCGGUCGUAACUUCGGUCGGAAGUAUUGCACAAAGCCAUCUGAGCAGGAGCUUUGGACGCCGAACCCGAGAUUGGUCAGUGAAGCAUUCAUGUCCAGAAAGCCUGGAGAGUUCAAGCCGGCAACUACGCUGAACUUGCUUGCGGCUGCUUGGAUCCAAUUCCAGGUUCAUGACUGGGUGUUCCAUGAGAGCAGCGAGGAGACAUACGAUGUGCCUCUUCUCCCGAACGAUGACUGGCAUGGCCAGAUGAAGCUUUACCGUACCAAGCCUGACGAUGUGCUCGAUGCAUCUGACAUCAAGUGUCCUGGUUACAAAAACACUUCAACCGCGUGCGAAGCCAAAACCAAUGAACUCAGAGACCAACACGAAGAUGGCAAACUGCUGCUCGAAACCAGAGGCAACGAAGAAACCUUCCUUCCUCGCGACACUGAAGGGAACCCUAAGACCGGCUUCUCAGACAACUGGUGGACUGGCAUGGAGUUGUUACACACUCUUUUCGCCUUGGAGCACAAUGCAAUCUGCGACAAGAUUCGAGAAGCGCAUCCUGAUUGGACUGNNGGUAACAUCUUUCUAUUGUGGUCACUGUCAUUGAUGCUGACUCGGCCUAGUGACAAGAUAUUCGAUAAAGCUCGCCUCGUCAAUUGCGCUCUCAUGGCCAAGAUCCACACUGUCACAUCCAGCGCUGGAGAUUGGUAUGAACGCAAACUGAUUGUCGGCCGUAUUUCGAAGACCAGCGAAGCCAUCAGUGGUAUCCCAGGCUCGACUGUUGACCAUCAAGGUGUUCCAUACUCUCUUACGGAAGAGUUCGUAUCGGUGUAUAGAAUGCACUCGCUUAUACCAGAUAACAUCGCAUUCUUCAACGUCAACGAUGGCAAGCACAAAGCCACAAUCCCGACAGCCGAUGUCACCUUCAAGGAUGCUGUGAAGCCCCUCAAGUCUGGUGAAGUAUCUUUCGGCGAUGCCUUCUACUCGUUCUGCAUCAACUAUCCUGGCGCUAUCACCAACAACAACUAUGCCAACCUGAUGAGGAAUCUUCCGACUCCAGAUGGCCAGGUUCGUGAUUUGGCCACAGUCGACAUUCUCCAUGAUCGCGAACGAGGAGUGCCACGCUACUGCCAAUUCCGAAGACUUCUCCGCAUGUCCGUUCCCAAGACGUUCGAGGAGUUGACUGGCGGCGACAAAGAGCUCGCAGCAAGACUAAGCGAGGUCUACAAUGGCGACAUCGAGACGGUUGACGCACUUGUAGGCUCACAUAGCGAGCCGAUGAUCAAAGGAUUCGGCUUCAGCGAGACCGCAUUCCGUAUCUUCAUUCUCAUGGCUAGCCGAAGACUCAAGAGUGAUCGAUUCAUAGCUGGACAGUGGAACACCAAGAUGUAUACCAAGGAAGGCUUUGCCUGGGUCCAGAAUACUGGUAUGAAGGACGUGUUGGCUAGACACUUCCCAGAACUGGCUGCGGUCAUACCAAAGAAGACAAAUGUGUUUGCGCCUUGGGUGAAGUUGCCUGGGUCGAAUGCUUACACUGGCAUCGAGACCAAUGCCCCCAAGGCGUGA